AUGGAGGAGGAAGAAGAGGAAGAGGAAGGUGAGGAGGAGGAGGAGGAGGAGAAGGAGGAUGACAAGGAGGAGGAUGAGGAGGAGGAGGAUGAGAAGGAAGAGGAGCUGAUAGGGGCGGCGGUUGGAGAGGGAGAGGAGGAGACGAAGACAGAAGCGCCUGAGGCGGCCCCUCCGGCGGGCGAGUCGAAGAGGUGGCCGGGGUGGCCGGGGGAUAGCGUGUUCAGGAUGAUCGUGCCGGUUCUUAAGGUCGGGAGCAUCAUUGGUCGCAAGGGGGAGCUCGUGAAGAAGAUGUGUGAAGAGACGCGGGCGCGCGUCCGCAUCCUCGAAGGUCCCAUUGGCACCUCCGACCGUAUUGUGAGUACCUUAUUCUUCUUCCUCUCCUGGUCUAGGGUCUUGGAACUGGUAGAAGUGAGAGCCGUCACAGUUGGGAUGCUAUUUAUGACCUAACAUUGUCUCCUCCGACCAUUUUGGCUCAUUCUACGGAAUCUAUGCCUUUAAUCGUAGUUCUUUGAAUGCUUUUUGCGUAAUUUUCUCUACUUAUUUUUACCCUGGAUUUUCUCAAGUUGUGAUAUAGUUGAUAUGUUCACUACUAUUAAGGUUUUGAUUUCUGGACGAGAAGAACCAGAGGCAGAAAUAUCCCCCGCAAUGGAUGCCGCGAUUAGGGUAUUCAAACGCGUCAAUGGAAUUUCUGAUGGUGAAGACGGUACGCCGUCUGCUCCAGCUGGCUCUGCAGUGUGUUCAGUUCGGUUCCUUGUCGCAUCCUCCCAAGCUAUCAGUUUGAUUGGCAAGGGUGGAGUGCUGAUCAAGUCAAUACAGGAAGGCAGCGGUGCCACCAUACGGGUUCUAUCUGGAGGUAUUAUUUCAACUGCUGCUACUGAACUUGGUCAACUCCUUUUUUUGUUGAAGUGGGAAACUUACGAUCCUCAGUUUUAUUGAGUAAAAUGAUGGGAUGGUUGACUAUAACACGCAUUGAAUUCAAAAUCCAUGUAUUUUUUAUUAAUGAUUACAGGACAAGUUAAUUUAUUUGCUACUUAUCUAUAUUAUCAGCAUGGGAGGGCACAGAUCCGGGACGACGAGUUAAGGAAUUUUCUAAUUUGAAUCAUAUCCUAAAGUCUUCCCUCAUAUGGCAUAAAGGAUGAAUUACUUGCUUUUCUUUUUCUAUUGAAAAGGUAUCUGUUGGUGUUGAUGCAAACCCUAUUGUAUAACAGGUUUACUAAGUUUGGUAAUCUACACAUCUUGAUAAUUUCCUUGGCAUGGCAAAGCGUCCAUCUUUUACAUUUUUCCUUCUAUUACAUGGAAUAUGGUUUCUUCAUCUUUGAAAAAUAGUUCUAGUUUCAUCAUCAAGGAAAUGUUUGUCGCUUUUCUCUGUAUUAUGUUUCAUGGUAUUUUCUCUUGGUUUAUUUUUGCCCCCAAGAAAUGUAGAAACUUGACUCUUUCCAAAGGUGAGCCUUGAUUCAAACCUAUUACCUUCUUUCUUGCUCAUCACAUGCUUUGCAAAUUUCUGUGUCAUUCUUCCUUAGAGUCCUUGUUCUAGCUACCUCCGCUGUGUAGCAUAUUGCUUCUGGUUAACUUAAUCUAUUCAACCAUCACCUGCUCGUGAUGUGUUGCUACUUCAAUUCGUUAUCUUAAAUUAUGCUCAGAAUAUGCUGUUUAACUUUGUUUAUUCUUCUUUCAAAGAGGACGUGCCAUUUUAUGCCGGAUCAGAUGAAAGGAUCAUAGAGAUGCAGGGCCAUCCUUUAAAGGUUCUGAAAGCAUUAGAAGGGGUAGUUGGGCAUCUACGGAAAUUUCUGGUCGAUCACAGUGUUAUUUCCUUGUUUGAAAAGAGUGUAAGUCAGUUUUUUUCCCUUUUUUGUGUCUUACAUAUAUAUAUAUAUAUAUAUAUUUGGGUCAAACACUGUGUUGAGUUCUUCUCCACUUGUUUCAGCAUAGCUCAUCUGCCACUUCGGGCACUCAAGAUCGUGUAUCCGACGCGUGGUCUGAUAAGGGAUCAUCCUUGAUGCAGACAUCUCAAAUGGGAAUGGGCAGCGAUUAUUCGCACCCAUCGCAGCGGGAUUCUUUAUAUUUUGACCGCGAAGCAGCUAUCGAUUCUCGAAUGCAACACUCUGGGCUGUCCUUGUACGGACAAGAUCCUGCUAUUUCUGGGUUGGGCCCCUCUGGGCUGUCGCGGACCAGCGGGGCUUUUGUUACUCAGGUUGGUAUUAGUUUCUUCAUGUUUUGUUUUGGUUAUAGUGUUUGCUCUUUGAAGCCUUUCUGUGCCCCAUAUGCAUUUCUUCCUCCUAUUCUUUCAUGCCUUUUAUGGUAAUGAUUCUUCCAAUGGACGAUGGGUGAGGUGAUGGCUAUGGUGGAGCUAGUCCAAAACUAGUCCUUUUCCGUUCCUCACGGUUUUCUCAACUCCAUUCUUCUCCAGAUCACAAGAACAAUGCAGAUCCCGCUCGCCUAUGCGGAGGACAUCAUCGGCAUCGGCGGCAAGAACAUUGCCUACAUACGCCGCAGCAGCGGAGCCAUCGUCACCCUCCAGGAGGGCAGAGGGCUGCCCGAUGAGAUGAUGAUAGAGAUCAAAGGCACUGCUCCGCAGGUCCAGGCUGCCCAGCAGCUCAUCCACGUAAGAAUCCUACCUCUCAUCCACAUCCGCCUGUAGUAUUUAUGAAGGACUAAAUCCCACAUUAUUUGACAACUAAUCAUGGGACCGAGGAAAGCGAGGAGGUGGGGUUUGAAGGGAAUUGGAUGAUCCUUGUUGAUCCACUGUGCAGGAAUUCAUGGGGGGACGUAAGGAGUCGGUCGGUGGCGGCUAUGGUGGCGGCUAUGGCGGUGGCAGUGGGUUGGACUCUGGCAUGAGGUCUUACUCUCAGCUUUCCAGCACCUACCCAUCAUUAGCCUCUCAGUCCUAUGGCGGUGGGUAUGGAUCAUCCGGGGGCGGGGGCGGGGGCGGCGGCGGCGGGGGUGGUGGCGGCGGCUACGGCAGUUACAGGUACUAA